AGUUGACCCCCUCAGUACUCUCUUUCUUCAUCCACUCACAAACCAUGGCCACCCUACCCCUCUCCCCUCUCCUUUUCUUCGUCACCAUCUCAUCUCACCUCGCCUCCUCAACUGCCGCCAGCGCCCACUACCUCGAGGCUGCAUGCAACGUGACGCGGCACCGCGCCCUCUGCAUGCGCUCUCUCGAAUCCUUCUCCCACUCAGCAGCCUGGAAGCAGAAGAACCCGUCCUGGUGGGCGCGCGGGGCGGUCGCCGUCACGCUGACCGAGGCCAACGACAUCGGCCGCUACCUCGCAAAGAUGAAGCAUGGCGGAAGGACGCGAGGGGGGAGGGCCGGAAGGGCGAUGGCGGACUGCGUCGAGUGCUUCGGGGAUGCAGUGGCGGAGCUCCGCAGCUCUCUCGGGGAGCUCCGGCGGCUGGAGAGGGGGACGUUCGAGUACCAGAUGAGUAACGUGGAGACCUGGGUCAGCGCAGCGCUCACCAACCAGGAUACUUGUCUUGAUGGGUUUGGUGGGUACAAGGGGAAGGAGGUGGGGGAGGUGAAGGCUAAGGUCCUGAAUGCUACGUAUCUCACUAGCAAUGCAUUGGCUCUGGUUAAUAACCUGGCGUCUUCUGGAGCCUGGAGGAAUUAGCUAAUGAUAUCUUAAGAACUACUAUAUAUCUUGAUCAAGAGGAUAUACUAGCCUUUAUGCUUAUGCCUUCAUGUUGUAUACAAAGGUGCAGUCGUUGGAUGCUGGGAAUAUAUGGUUCUGAGGAGAAUAGUGAUGCUGUGAUCUACGUUACGUUUUAAUUGGAGAAUUAAGAUAUAUAUAUGGUAAUUGUGCUAA